AUGAGAUCCGCUGCGCGCACGCCACGAACACAAAGACUCACGCUCCCUCCUCCUCCCAGGUUCAAGACGAUCCUCGCCCUCGCCCUGGCCUCGGCCGCCGCCACGGAGCUCACGCCCGAGACUUGGGACGACGCCGUCGACGGCAAGACGAUCUUCGUCAAGUUCCUCGCGCCCUGGUGAGGGCACUGCAAGAAGAUGAAGCCGGCCUGGGACGCCCUCAUGGCCGACUACAAGGACCACCCCACGAAGCUCGUGGCGGACGUCGACUGCACCGCGGCGGGCAAGCCGCUGUGCGACUCCAACGGCGUCAAGGGCUUCCCGACGAUCAAGUACGGCGACCCCGCGGACCUCCAGUCCUACGAGGGCGGCCGCGACGAGAAGGCGCUCAAGGCCUUCGCGGAGACGAAGCUCGUGGCCAUGUGCUCCGUGAAGAACCAGGACCUCUGCUCCGAGGAGAAGAAGGCGGAGAUCGCCAAGUUCAUGGCCAUGGAGGUCGGCGACCUCAACACCAAGAUCGAGGAGCAGGAGGCCGAGCUCAAGAACAUCGAGGCCGACUUCAAGAAGUCCGUCGAGGGCCUCCAGAAGCUCUACGAGGGCUACACCAAGGAGAAGGAGGAGAAGAUGGCGGCGCUCAAGGACAGCGGCCUCGGCCUCAUGAAGUCCGUCAAGGCCGCCAAGGCCAAGGCGGCCAAGGACGAGCUCUAA